GAGAGAGAGAGAGAGAGAGAAUUAGGUGGCUGGCCGCUAGACAUGGAUAACAUGAGUUAUAGUCCAGAGCUAGACUUUGAUGUGGGUGCCUUGGAAUUCUUUCUCUCAGACAAUUUCUUCCAAACUCCUCCAACCACCUUCGAGGAGGCUAACAAUUACAAUGUCACCACCGCCACCGCCACAGUGGACGAUCUUUUAUACGACGAUUUUGUGCCAUUACAGUUUGAAUGUUCAGAAAUCAAUGCCAUGUGCAAUGAUACCAGCGCCGUCGUUACUUACGAAGAUAAUAUAGUGCCAUUAGAUGCAUGUGCGGCGGAGCAGAAUCAAUCAAGGUCGACGGAGAUGCCUGAGAAUGUUGUAGCCGAGCCUGAUUAUGCUCCAAAAGUGAAGAAGGCUCGCGCAGCAGCAUCGAAGCAUGAAAGAUAUAAAGGCGUGCGAAGAAGGCCAUGGGGGACCUACGCGGCGGAGAUUAGGGACCCGAAGAAGAACGGCGGUAGAACUUGGAUCGGGACCUACGAGACUCCCGAGGAUGCGGCUCUGGCUUAUGACAAAGCCGCUUUCGAAAUGCGCGGCUCGAAAGCUAAGCUCAAUUUCCCACGUUUGCUUGGCGUAGAAGGAUAUGAGCCAACAAGAGUGACGAAUAAGCGCCGUUCGACGAAGCCUUUCGUGAGGUCAUCUUCUUCAACGGUACAGACUGAGAAUAUUAAUGCUGAUUCUGAUCAAUCGAAGCCAAAGCAGAGGUUGAAUCAAAUAGCCUCGGCGGCUCCAGCCAUGUUGGAGAAGCUAAAACAAAUUAUCCAUGCAUGAUGCAUAAAUGGGAUGCGUUGAUGUUUGAAUAUAUUUAAAAGAAUUUUAUGUGUGUUUUGAACAUAAGAUGAAGGGUAGGACAGUGGUUAAUGUUUUGGGAAUUGUAUCCUAGACUCAAGUUUCAAUCCUACUCUAUUAUAUAUAUCAAAAGAUGGGUCUUGGAGCCUUGGAACUUUU